CUUCUACAGCUCCGGUGGCCGACAAGCCCUCGUGCGGGGCCGCGGUGGCCGACAAGCCCACGCACGGGGGCCGGUGAGGGUUGUGCGCCAACUGGCCGCGACGACACCAGCGCCGGGCGACGGCAUGACAAGGCGGGCUGUGACAGCAGCACGGCGGCACAGGAGGCAGCAACAGGCGUACGGUGGGAGGCGGUAACAGGGGCUAGGGUUUUAUGCAGAUGUGAUGAACCCCAUUUCUUGCACAGAUAUGAAGUAUUGGAAGCUACCAACCCUAUACACCUUUCGGAAGAUGGAUAGAAUUUCCGGAUGGGCUGCCUGCUUUCCAGCCCGCCCGAUUAUACCCGCCCGUCGCAACUUCAAAGGCCUGGCCCAACCCGUCGCUGGAACCGGCUCAAUUUGCCGACCAGAAAAGAUCACGCCAUCACCAGCUGCAAACCUUCUAUUGGCCGGGCGUCACUAUUUUGGCGUUCGUCGUACAUCGUAUUCACAUGACAUUUCGUCCUGGCUAGUGGAAGUACUCAAUCAAACAAAUGCAUGGUGGACCACUUGUGGCGUGGCCACCGAACACGCCCAAUUUUCCUAUCAGCCACACCUGGCCAGAGGAUGACUAAACUAGUCCAUUAUUGAUUGUCCCAUUCUUCUUCCCUCCUCAGCGCGCAUGGUUAUGACUAGCUGUUCAAGUAUUCCUACUCCAAGCCCGCCAUGCUCCCUCGCGAGCUAGCUCCGCGGGUCAACUCAUCGCCGGCCGGGCAGGUCGCCGCCGGCGCCCUACCAUGCAUGGUCGCCGUGCCGCCGCCGUACGUUACCGGCCGGCCCGCUCAUACCGUGGCCCCGGCCCGCUCGGCUCAUCCAUGAUGCUAAUUGCUAAAAUAGAGCGUCCAGGCACAUGCUAGCAGCCUAGCACAAGCUCCAGAUCUGAAUCAAUGUCAACGCUUCAAGUUCAAGGCCUCAAGGUGCGGCCCCCACCACGGUGAGGUUGGUCUUCCAUUGCCAAAAAGGAAAAAAAAAUCAGUAAAACAACUGGAGCCGGGCAUAUCUGAAAGGCCCAUUAAUAUUUAGAGCACCGCCCAACACAAACAAGCCCGUAUGAUAUUUGAGGCCCAUAAAAGGUCCCUUCAUGCAGCUCCUUGUUGGGCCAAAGCCCAGCCCUGCUGCACAUGAGAGAUGCCUUGCGGGCCAAGGGAAGAAGGGUGGCCCGCAUGGCCCCGCACACACCGUCCGAGAGCUUCUCUCUUCAAGACAGGCAGUGAGAUAACGCAAGCCAGUGUGUGCCCCCGAAGCCGAAACCCUAAACCGCAUCAAAUCCAGCACAACCACGACCAACAAGCUAGCUCGAUCGAUCGAUCCAUUCCAUGGAGUCCUCGCCCGCGAAGCAAGAGAUCCGCGACGAAUCCGCCGCUGCUGCGGCCGCCGGGGGCGGAGGGGGAGUCGUCCUCGGCGCCCAGCGGCAGCUAAUCGACCUCGGGCUCGUCGUGCGCCGCCGCCUCCAGUCCGCGGCCUUAUUCCUGUUCUGGGGAUUCAUGGGGGCCCUCGGCGCCCUGCGCCAGCUGAUCGAGCUCGAGGUUCUCAACCUCCUCCAGGCCGCGGUCUUGUUCCUCUUUCGGGCAUGCUCGGGAGGCGUCGGCGCCCUGCGGCAGCUGAUCGAGCCCGAGGACCGUCGCGUCCAGGCCGCGGCCUUCUUCCUCGCCUUCGGAGGCUGCACGGUGCUCAACGGCACGGCGCUGAACCGAUCCGUCAAUCCAGAGCACUUAUUCGCGGGGUUCUUUAUGUUCAACAUCGGCGCGGCAAUGGCGAUUCUCACGCUCGCCAGCGGUGGCGCCGGGAGGGCAGCGGAUCGAAUGGAGAGGUUUCUCAGGGGCUUCUUCUAGUUCGUAUCGAUCGCUGCCUGUAGUCCUGUACAUGUGUUCUCCUAUGUUCGUUUCUACUUUCUGGUGCUUGUUGGGUCUUCGGAGGGAGUGGUGUAUGUGGAUGUGCAGUGUGACAUAAUGUGUGUAUAUCAGUGUAUGUCUUUUACCAAACAAAUGAGGAAUUGAUAAUGGUGUGAUAAUUAAUGCUAUUUUUUCAAUCUGUCAGUGAUAUAUUAUCGAAUUUAUUUUCCCUUUGAGCUUUAAUUUAUGCUGAUCCUCCCUCCAUUUUGAUCAGUGAUAUAAUAUGUGCUUUUGAUGAUUCAA